CGCACAUAGCAGAGCAAAUGAAGAAGACGAAGCACACUGAGAAUUCACCGGCCAGAGAUCACGACUAAGUACUCUAGUUUUCCGAUUACCUCGAACAACCAUAAAUGGAGCUUCCGUUACUCUCGUAUGCUAGCUCCGCGUCGUUUUCGCGGUCAGGCUUAUGCUCUUCUUCUUCUUCUUCUUCCUCCUCAACAAGUAUAUGUGAGUUUCCGGAGAGAAGACGGAGCUUGAGGAUGAGAUUCAAUGGUGUAGAAAGGUCACGAAGCGUUAUAGCUUCCGCUGAACGGAGCAGCGAAGGGAUCGAGAAGACAGACGGCGGAGGAGGAGGAGGAGGAGCAGGCAGAUUCGCUGGUACUGCCAUGGAGGUGACAACACUUGAUCGUGGAUUCGCUAACUCUACCACCGUUGAUUUUCCGAUCUGGGACAAAAUUGGCGCCGUCGUUAGACUUACUUACGGAAUCGGAAUAUAUGGAGCAAUGGCUGUAGCAGGAAGAUUCAUAUGUUCAGUGACUGGAAUUGAUUCAUCUGGUGGAUUUGAUCCUUCUCUUGAUGCACUUCUCGCUGGACUUGGCUAUGCAACACCACCAAUCAUGGCUCUUCUCUUCAUUCUAGAUGAUGAAGUUGUGAAGCUAUCACCGCACGCUCGGGCCAUUAGAGAUGUGGAAGAUGAGGAGCUCAGAAGCUUUUUCUUUGGAAUGUCCCCAUGGCAGUUUAUACUCAUUGUCGCGGCUAGUUCAAUAGGAGAAGAGCUCUUUUACCGUGUUGCUGUACAGGGUGCUCUGUCUGAUAUAUUCUUGAAAGGAACACAGUUGAUGACAGAUUCUAGAGGCAUGGCAUCUCUGACCGGAGUGUUUCCUCCAUUUGUCCCAUUUGCUCAAGCCUUUGCAGCUGUAAUCACUGCCACUCUCACAGGCUCUCUCUACUUUCUUGCUGCUUCUCCAAAGGACCCGACUUACAUUGUUGCCCCGGUUUUAAGGUCACGCCGAGAUGAUUUUAAGAAGCUUUUGUCAGCUUGGUACGAGAAGAGACAGAUGAAGAAGAUUUACUCUCCCCUACUCGAAGGACUCUUAGCCCUCUAUCUCGGUAUUGAAUGGGUUCAGACCGAUAAUAUUUUAGCACCGAUGAUGACGCAUGGUAUAUACUCGGCAGUCAUAUUAGGACAUGGGCUGUGGAAAAUUCAUGAUCACCGGAGAAGAUUACGCCGGAGAAUCGAACGCAUUAGAUCGGAGGCUACCGAUAAGUUGAUUUGAAUCAACUCUAGAUGGUUAAUUGGUUGGGGGUGGAUUUGUGUGUAUUUUUUUGGUAUGGGGUCGUAUAGUAAUUAGGGAAAUUAGCUAGGACCUCUUCCAAUUAAUUAGAGAGCUGUAU